AUGUACGCUCAAAGACUUGUUGUUCCACUUUCCCGUGCUAUUGUUGCCCGUUCUGCUUUCCGUGCUGAAUCUAUGUUAGCUGCCCGUGCUCUUCACACCACAGUUGCUCGCAAAGAUAUUGACUCAGCAGCUAAAUACAUUGGAGCUGGAGCCGCCACCGUCGGAGUAGCUGGAUCUGGAGCUGGUAUUGGAAACGUUUUUGGAGCUCUCGUCAUCGGAUAUGCCCGUAACCCAUCUCUUAAACAACAACUUUUCUCAUACGCUAUUCUUGGAUUUGCCCUCUCAGAGGCUAUGGGUCUUUUCUGUCUCUCCAUGGGUUUCAUGAUCCUCUUUGCUCUUUAA